AUGGAUAUCAAAACGUUGCUUCACAAUCUUCGCGAGGAAGUUUCGUGCCCAGUGUGUACUAACGUGUACACUGAUCCAAAGCACCUUCCAUGUCUACACACGUUUUGUCUGCACUGCUUGAAACACUGGCACAGAACAAGCCAUGGCCGAGACAAAGGGGAAUAUUAGUAGCAUUUUAUGUGAAUAAGCAGUCGUUUGAAACCUCCAGUGGUGAAACAAAUCAUCGUGAGAUUAUCAAAAUAUGAUCUUAAAAGUUAAGAAUCGUUGGCAUGAUUGAAAAGGAAGCAUUCAGUGCGAGAAAAAAAAAUCAAAAACGAUUAUCGCCUGUUUUGAAAGAGGAACUCUGAGCACGCUACAAUGUUGGAUGUGUGACGUCACGCUCGGUGGGUGUGUGCGAGUCUGAUUAGGUCACGCGUGGAGCCAUACGAGGUAUGUUUACAAGUUUCUUUCCCCUGUUAUGCUAUAGAUCCAGGCUUUAAAAUGUAUUUUAUUUAAGACCGUGGCAUAAUCAAAUCCAUGGUCAAUAAAGGACAGGGGAAACUUUCCCAGAAGGAUCAAAACCCUCUUUUACGAGGUGUCCAUUGGUUGUCUCCUUCCAAUGAUUUUCUCGUUUUCCGUGACAUCUUCAAGCCGAUCGACUGCGGGCGAGUCAGAUUUUACGUUUCAGAGAGCCAGGUAUCCAAGGAAUCCUUGAUUAAAGUGUUUUUUUGUAUUAAGAAGUUCUGUGAUUGGUUUGUACACAUAACUUGUUCUCAUAACAAAUAACUAAUUCCAAGAAUAGCUAAAAAUAAAGUCACAAGGCAUCAUUGUUUCGAUUUCAAUUCCGAGAAAAGCUACUUUGCACGAGCGUGUGAUCAGUUCUUAGGGAAAAACAGAUGGAUAUCAAAACGCUGCUUCACAAUCUUCGUGAAGAAGUUUCGUGCCCAGUGUGUACUAACGUGUACACUGAUCCAAAGCACCUUUCAUGCCUACACACGUUUUGUCUGCACUGCUUGAAACACUGGCACACAACAAGCCAUGGCCGAGACACAAUCAGAUGCCCGAAGUGUCAAGCUAUUAGCAGAGUGCCUGAAAGUGGCGAUUUGACAGAUCUUCCUACCAGCUUUUAUCUGAACGGCUUGAUUGAUGUGCUAGCAAUUAAAGAGUGCAAAACCAGCCAAGUACGAUGUGGAAAUUGCGACAAGAAAAGCGCCGAGAGUUCCUAUUGUUUUCAUUGUUGCGCGUUUUGGUGUGACGAGUGCAUCAUUGGACACAACAUCAUUCGCAGCAAUAAAGAUCAUCGUGUUCUAGCGCUCAAAGACUUUCAAGACAAGGACUAUGAAGAUCUGAUGAAACGACCGGUUUUCUGUCCUAAGGAAGAUCAUAACAAAGAAGAGCUAAAGUAUUUUUGCAAAGACUGUGAAACGCCACUUUGCCAAAUAUGUGUCACAUUGGAUCAUGGAGGUCAUAAUAUGAAGUUAAUCAAAGAAGAAGCGGAGAGACAAAAGACUGAAAUGAAGUCUUUUAUUGAAAAACAGCGACACAAUUUACAAGCAAAGAUGAAUGCCGUGAGCCGACUUGAUGAAGAAUGUGCCACACUGAUACAACAAGGCGAAGAUGUGAAGAGAGAGAUUCAAACAUUUGUUGACAAUUUAAUUGCUGUCAUUGAAGCAAACAAGAAAAACAUAUUCGCAGAGGUGGAAAAAGAAACAAACAAGUCGAUUGAAAGCGUAACAAGGCAAAAGACCGAGAUCGAGCGUCAAAUGACGGCCAUAAAAUCAUCUCUGGAGAAGGCUGAGAAACUUUUCACCCUAAGUACAAACGCUGAAAUCGUUCAACUCAAGAAAUCAUCAGACACCAUCUUUGAAGGAGUUCAUCAAAUCGAGCCAACUGACUGUGACCCCGAACUUGUUGCUCAUUUUGUCUUCGUGGAAAAUUAUAAGUUGUUCAACACUGUCAAAACCGAACAAAUUGGAACUUUGAAAAAACCAACAAAAGUAGGUCAUUGUGAUAUGGAAGGCAAAGGACUGGAGGAAGGAAUUGCUCUCCGUGAAGCUCACUUUACCUUGACAACAAAGGACACCGAAGGAAGACGGUGUUACAAUGAACGUGGCCAUGUAACGGUGGAGAUCAGGGACGAGCAAGGACGAGAAUGCACGUCACAAAUACAAAUAAAUGACUGUAAAGAUGGACUCUAUCAAGUCAGAUAUUGUCCCAGACAUCCAGGAAAAUGUCAAGUGACUGUAAAGGUAAACGGGGAACAUGUCCGUAACAGUCCUUUUGCUGUGCAGGUAACACCAUUUCAGUUUAAACCUGUACUUUCCUUCGGGAAACGGGGCUCGUCUGAGGGAAUGUUUCGGUUUCCUUGGGGGGUAGCAGUAAAUGCAGUAAAUGCAAAGGAUGAGAUAGUUGUUGCUGAUAGUUACAACCAGAGAGUCCAAAUUUUUAACAGUGUAGGAAAUUACUUAAGAUCGUUCGGUCUGUCUGCUACCAAAGAGGGAGAAGUUAAAUUUCUUGUCGGAAUAACAUAUCAUAAUAAUGGGAAUAUUUUCGUGGCAGACGAUGGGAACAGUAAAAUCCAUAUUUUCAAAGGGAAGGGUGAGUACGUGGGAUCCUUUGGUGGGAGAGGAAGCCUUGAUAGUCAGCUCAGUAGUCCCUGUGGUUUAUCGGUAGACAGUGAUGGGAAUAUCAUUGUCGCUGAUUCAGGUAACCAGCUGAUUAAGAUAUUUUCUCCUGAUGGCAAUUUUCUAACGAAGAUAGGAGAGCAGGGAUUUUUUACUUUUCCUGUCCAUUGUAUUCAAUAUGAAAGAUAUCUCAUAGUGUCAGACAACCGUGAACAUUGUAUCAAAGUGUUUGACAGGAAAGGAAACUUUCAGUACAAGUUUGGAAAGAAGGGUGGAGGGGACGGGGAGUUAAAUAGUCCCAGAGGUUUGUCGGUGAACAAAUCAGGUCACUUGAUGGUCUGUGACGAAAAUAACCACAGAAUACAAGUAUUUGAGCUGAAUGGAAAGUUUUUCGGCAAGUUUGGAAUAAAGGGUGGCAAUUUAGGAGAGUUCAAUAAUCCAGCCUCUUUAGCAGUUCUCAGCAAUGGCCAAAUUAUUGUUUGUGACGUUUGUAACCAUCGUGUACAGAUAUUGGAAUAA